AUGUAUGCAGACAUUGGUGAUCCACUAUUCAUAUGUAAGGAAUGCAAAGCCUAUAUGUGGUACGAGGAAAGGAUUAACAAGAGCAGAAGGUCCACCAAUCCGGCAUUUCAUCUGUGUUGUGGUAAUGGUAAAGUUCAAUUACCAAAUCUAAAGGACCCGCCAACUCUUCUGCAACGUCUUUUGUUUGAUAAUGACUCAAAAGAGAGCAAGAACUAUCAAAAUAACAUUAGAACAUACAAUAUGAUGUUUGCAUUCACAUCUCCUGGAGCAAAAGUCGAUACCAGUUUCAACAAUGGAAAAGGGCCACCUAAUUUACGAAUUCAAGGUCAAUCUUGUCAUAGAAUAGGAAGCCUCUUACCAAUCCCUGGAGGACUUCCCAAAUUUGCUCAACUUUAUAUUUACGACACUGAAAAUGAAGUUCAACACAGAAUGGAAUCUUUAAGGUACACGAAUAACAUCAUUGAUUCGGAAAUUGUCAGCAAAUUAAAGAUGAUGCUAGACGAAUUCAAUGUUCAUGCCAAAUGUUUUAGAAUGGCAAGAGACAGAUAUAGAGACCAACCAUUUGAUGACUUGAAAUUGAGACUUAUUGCAGAUAGGACAAAAGAUGGAAGGAUAUAUAAUAUCCCCAAUGUUUCAGAAGUUGCAGCCCUUAUAGUUGGUGAUGUAGAUAGUGCUUCAGGCAGAGACAUCAUAAUGGAAAAGCAGUCUGGGAAGUUGCAAAGAAUAAAUGAACUGCACACUAGCUAUUUAGGAUUUCAAUAUCCUUUACUUUUCCCAUAUGGGGAAGAUGGUUAUAGACAUGAUGUCAAUCAUCGAGAGAAACCAGGAUUAAACAACAAAAGAAACAGACUCACGAUUAGGGAAUGGUUUUGUUAUAGACUACAAACCAGAGAAUGUGAAGCACAAACUGUGCUUAGAUCUAGACGACUUUUUCAACAAUUCAUAGUGGAUGGAUAUACAAUGAUGGAAUCUGAAAGAUUGUCAUUCAUUAAAUAUAAUCAAUCUAAGUUAAGGGUGGAUAAAUACAAUAACCUCUGUCAGGCUUCCACCAGCUCACAAACUCAAGGAUCACAACAGGGAAAGAGGGUUGUUCUUCCAUCAUCUUUUAUUGGUAGCCGCAGAUUUAUGGACCAACUAUAUUUUGAUGGAAUGGCUAUUUGUAGUUAUAUGGGAUUCCCAGACCUUUUUAUAACUUUCACAUGCAAUCCUAAAUGGCCAGAAAUAACCAGAAUGCUUGCUAAGCUAAAGUUAUCUCCAACAGACCGUCCUGAUAUAGUUUCAAGGGUCUUCAAAAUCAAGUUUGAACAACUUUUGACAGACUUAACUAAGAACCAUCUACUAGGCAAAACCAUUGCAUUCAUGUAUACUAUAGAAUUUCAGAAGCGCGGUCUACCUCAUGCACACCUACUGAUUUUUUUGCAUCCCAGUGCCAAAUACCCAACUCCUGAUGAUAUUGAUAGGGUAAUAUCUGCAGAAAUCCCCUGUCCAAUAAGUAAUCCUGAAUUGCAUAAAUGUGUUCAAGAUCAUAUGAUUCAUGGACCUUGUGGAAUGUCAAACAAAUCUCUCCCUUGCAUGAAAAACGGAAAAUGUUCACGCCUAUUUCCCAAAAAAUUUCAAAGCACAACUACCAUAUCAGAAGAUGGUUUUCCUCAUUAUCGUAGAAGGAACGAUUCAGUAACAGUAACCAAGAAUGGGGUUUGUCUUGACAAUCGGUCUGUGAUUCCUUACAAUCCACAAUUAUUGUUGAAGUACCAAGCACAUAUAAAUGUUGAAUGGUGUAAUCGUAGCACUUCCAUCAAGUACUUAUUCAAAUACAUCAACAAGGGUUACGACAGAAUAACGGCUGCUAUAGUUCCUGAGCAAAAUGAAUUUGUUUUGAACAAAGAACCAAUAGAUGAAAUCAAGCAAUAUCUUGAUUGCAGAUAUGUAUCACCUUGUGAAGCAUGUUGGAGAAUAUUUUCAUUUCCAAUUCAUGGACGAAAUCCAGCAGUAGAAAGGUUGUUUUUCCAUCUGCCUGGAGAACAAGCAGUAUACUUUAAAGAUGAUGACGUGAUUGACGACAUCAUGGGAAAGGCAACAGUUUCGGAAUCAAUGUUUAUAAGUUGGAUGGAAUGUAACAAGAAAUACGCAGAAGCCAGGGAAUUAACAUAUGCUGAAUUCGUUUCUAAGUUUGUAUACGUCAAGAAAGAUAGAUGUUGGAAACCAAGGAAAAUGGGAAAUACUAUUGGAAGACUGAUUUGGGUUCCUCCAAGCACUGGCGAAGUAUUUUAUCUUAGAAGAAUGCUAACCCAUGUAAGAGGACCAACAUCUUACAUUGAUAUCAGAACAGUCAACAAUGUAGUAUAUUCUACUUUUAGAGAGGCUUGCUUAGCUUUGGGAAUAUUACCAGAUGAUACAGAAUAUGUAGAAGCUAUAAAAGAAGCAAAGGAUUGGGGUUCCGGACAUUAUCUAAGAAAAUUAUUUGUGACUAUCAUAUUGUCAAAUAGUGUUGAUCGACCAGAAGACCUAUGGAACAAGACAUGGGAGUGGUUAGCAGAUGGAAUUCUCUAUCGAGAAAGAAUAAUAGCAGGAAAUCCAAAACUGAAUCUAACUCCAGAAGUAAUCCAAAAUCUAACCUUGAUUGAGAUUGAAAAGAUCUUGGAAUGUAAUAGAAGCAGUUUAAAGUUGUUUCCAACAAUGCCAUACCCAAAUGAAUUUGUUACCCAAAAUUGUGGAAAUAGAUUGAUAUAUGCAGAACUUGACUAUAACACAGGUGACCAACGACAAAUAUUCAUUCAAUUACAGGUGAACAAAAAAAAAAAAUUUCAAAAGAUCAAGCAAGCAGUUGUUAAUAGACAAGGAGGUGUAUUCUUCUUGUAUGGGUAUGGUGGAACUGGCAAAACGUUCAUGUGGAAGACGCUUUCAGCAGCAGUUCGUUCCGAAGGUAAAAUUGUACUCACAGUAGCUUCAAGUGGAAUAGCUUCACUCUUAUUGCCAGGAGGACGAACAACACAUUCUAAAUUCAAGAUACCGGUUCCAACACUAGAACAUUCGAUGUGUAACAUUUCACAAGGAUCCGAAGUGUCAGAGUUGUUAAAGAAAGCAGAACUAAUUAUUUGGGAUGAAGCUCCUAUGGCACACAAAUUUUGUUUUGAAUCUCUGGAUAGAACUCUAAAAGACAUAAUGAACGGUAUUACAAAAGAAGGUUCAGUUUUUGGAGGAAAAGUCAUAGUAUUUGGAGGAGACUUUAGGCAAAUAUUACCUGUUAUACCAGGAGGGUCGAGAUCAGAUAUUGUCAACGCCACAAUUAAUUCAUCUUAUAUAUGGGACUACUGUGAAGUUUUAAAACUUACAAAAAACAUGCGUCUGUUACAAGAAGGCCUACAAUCAACUCUUGCAUCAGAGAUUCAAGAAUUCUCAGACUGGAUAGUUCAAAUUGGUGAUGGUAAGUUACAAGAACCUAAUGACGGUUUAGUUGAAAUUGAAAUACCUGAAGAAUUUCUAAUUUCAGAGUUCAAUGAUCCUAUAGAAGCAAUUGUGUCUGCCAUUUACCCAAAUUUGAUACAAAAGCAUACGGAUGAGUCGUAUCUACAGUGUAGGGCAAUAUUGGCAAGUAGGAUUGAGACAGUUAAUGAAAUCAAUCAAUACAUGUUAUCACUAAUUCCAGGGCAGGAGAAGGAGUAUCUGAGCUGCGAUUCAGUUGAUGAAACAGAAUCUGCUGCAAAUAAUAGCUACAACACUAUAACUUCAGAAUUCCUAAAUUCUCUGUCUACGUCUGGCCUUCCCAACCAUAGAAUAAAACUGAAGAUUGGAGCACCAAUAAUGCUUUUGAGGAACUUGGAUCAAGCAGAAGGUUUGUGCAAUGGAAGCAGAUUAAUAAUUACACGACUUGCAAACCAUGUUAUUGGAGCUAAGAUGAUUACAGCUAAUAAUGAUAAUCACGACAUUUAUAUUCCACGAAUGUCAAUGUCCCCUUCACAAUCCCCUUGGCCAUUUAAGCUUAUCAGAAAACAAUUUCCUAUCAUGCUAUCAUAUGCAAUGACAAUCAACAAAUCUCAAGGUCAAUCUCUCCGUUUUGUUGGAUUGUAUUUACCGACUCCGGUUUUUAGUCACGGUCAGCUAUAUGUUGCAGUCUCUCGAGUUCAAAGUAAAUUUGGGUUAAGAAUCCUAAUCCAUGAUAAGGACAACAAGCCUUGCAAUACAACAACCAAUGUUGUAUACAAAGAAGUCUUCCAAAAUGUAUAG